AGCUCGGCAGGUCGGGGCCUGUCUGCCACACCUCGUACCGGGGAGCCCCUCGCCCUCCCGCCCGCGGCGGCAGGUACCGAGCGGAGUCGCCGGGAGGGGCCGCGCGGGGGCGGCCCGCGGCCCCCGGCCCGCCCCCGGCGGUGGCACCGUGCCGCGGGCCCGGCCCGCCCUCAGCCGCUCACUCCCCCGCGCCGCCGCCCCGUAAGUACCGGCGCGGGCCGGGCCGCGCCCAGGCGGCCGCGGGCGCGCAGCGGCCGUCAUGGGGCUCCGCGCCGCCUCCGGCGUCUACCUGGGCCGGCGCGCCGCCGCCCUGCUGGCCGCGCUGCUGCUGGCGCUGCUGGCGGCGCUGCUGGCGCUCGCCGCCCUCUACGGGCGCUGCCGGCAGGAGGCGCCGCCGCGGGCCUCGCCCGCCCCGGGGGCGCCGCCGCCGCCGCCCCGCGCCACCGCCGCGGCGGGGCCCGCGCCCGACCCCGGCCGGCGCCUGCCGCGGCACCUGGUGCCGCUGCACUACGAGCUGGAGCUGUGGCCGCGCGUGCGGCCGGGCCAGGCGGGGCCCUUCGCCUUCAGCGGGCAGGUGAACAUCACGGUGCGCUGCCGCCGCGACACGGACGCCGUGGUGCUGCACAGCGCCGGGCUGCGCAGCCGCGGCGCCGCCGUGCGCGGGCCGGUGGCCGAGGCGGGCGCCGCCGUGGAGGUGGCGGCGGUGCGGCAGGAGGCGGCGGAGGAGCAGGUGGUGCUGGAGCUGCGCGGGCGGCUGCGGGCCGGGCGGCGCUACGUGCUGCAGCUCGGCUUCCAGGGCCGCCUGGAGGAGGACCUCGACGGGCUCUUCCUCAGCCGCUACACGGACGAGGGCCGCAGCAGUAUGCUGAUUGCAUCCCAAUUGGAACCAACAUAUGCCAGGACAGUUUAUCCAUGCUUUGAUGAACCAGCCAUGAAGGCCACAUUUAAUAUCAGAAUUGUCCAUGACCCAAGUUAUGUGGCUCUUUCCAACAUGCCUGUUAUUGAUAUUUCUGAAAUGAAGGAUGAAAAUGGAAGCCUGUGGACUAUUACCACAUUUAAUACUUCGCUGAAAAUGUCAACUUAUAUAACUGCUUUUGUGAUUUGUGAUUUUGAUUAUGUCACCAGAACCGAGCGGGGGAAUGAGAUACGUAUUUGGGCUCGGAAAGAGGCGGUUAAAAAUGGGUAUGUUGACUAUGCUUUAAAUAUCACAGGCCCAAUAUUUUCAUUCCUGGAAGACUUGCUUAAUAUCAGCUACCCUUUGCCAAAGACAGAUCUGGUUGCACUACCUGAUUUUGAAGCAGGUGCUAUGGAAAACUGGGGGCUAAUCACUUUCCAAGAAUCAUCAUUGAUGUACCUCCCAAGUGACAGACUCACGGGCAGAAAGGCUAUGAUUGCCAUAACUGCGUCACAUGAGAUAGGACACCAGUGGUUUGGAAAUCUGGUUACUAUGAACUGGUGGAAUGAUCUGUGGCUUAAUGAGGGACUGGCAUCUUACUUUGAAUACCUGGGAGCUACCUUUGUUGAACCCAAGCUUUCACUGGAUAAAAUCUUUUAUGAUCAUGUUGUACAACCCAUCUUAAGAAAGGACAAUGAAAUAGGAGUUCGAUCACUGUCAGCAAGUGAAGACGAGAUCAAAGGAUCACUUUUCUUAGCUUCUCUGUUUGACAAUAUCACGUAUAACAAGGGGGCUUCCAUUACCUGGAUGCUUUCUAAUUUUCUGACUGAGAAGCUGUUUAUCAGAGCACUCCAUUCUUAUCUGAAAACAUUUUCCUUUUCAAAUGCUAACCAAGAUGAUCUGUGGACCCACAUACAAAUGGUUGUAGAUGCACAGGAUGAAGUUCAGUUGCCAGCAUCUGUAAAAAAAAUAAUGGAUUCCUGGACAUGCCAAAAUGGGUUUCCAGUUUUAACAUUAAAUCUAUCCACUGGCACAAUCAGUCAGGAACAAUUUCUUAAUAAAAAGAAUGAAAACAGUACUGAUUCUUACAAUAACACAUGGAUUGUUCCCAUUUCUUGGAUGAGAAAUGGAUCAUCACAACCCUUACUGUGGCUCGAUAAAAGCAGCAAAAUGUUUCCCGAAAUGCAAGUAUCGGAAUCGGAAUAUGACUGGAUCCUGCUAAAUGUAAAUUUAUCUGGAUACUAUAGAGUUAAUUAUGAUCAAUUAAACUUAAAAAGAUUAGCACGCUUGCUUGAAAAUGAUCCAAAGGCUAUUCCCGCUGUUAGCAGGCUCCAGCUGAUAAGUGAUGUUUUUGCGUUGACACAGUUUGGAUAUACUCAGAUUGAAUCAGCGCUUGAACUAACAAAGUAUCUUGCCAGAGAAGAUGAAAUCUCUAUAUGGAAUAUGGUAUUAUUAAAUCUAGUACCAGAUAAUUUGGAAAGCACUCUGAAAAACUAUGAAGUAUAUCCACUUUUAAAGAAAUACCUUUUAAAGAGAAUGUUGCCAAUAUACCAUUAUUACGCAGGUUUAAUUCGUCAGAAUGUUGAUGCUUUGGAAGAUGACUAUUUUGCUCAAGUAUAUUUGGAAAAGCUUUUUGCAACAGCAUGUUGGCUGGGUCUCCAGGACUGUUUGGAUCUGUCAUCUGAACUGUAUGCAAAGUGGAUGGACAGCCCGGAGUACAAUAUUCCUUCUUUAAUUGAAAGAACAAUCUGUUGCUAUGGUGUUGCAAUGGGAAGUGAUAAAGAAUGGAAUUUUGCAUGGGAAAUGUAUAACAAAACCAACUCCACAGAGGAAGACAUCCUGCUCUAUGCCUUGAGCUGUGCCAGAGAAUCAUGGUUACUUUACAGAUAUUUGCAGUAUGGACUCAGUGAUACAUUAUUUUCUUCCAACUAUACUUCAGACAUCAUCUUACAUGUGGUGGCUAAGGAUAUUGGGCAGCGUAUAGCCUGGGAAUUUGUUACAGAAAAUUGGCCUCUUCUAAGUGAAAGAUGUGGGAAGCAAUUAUUACAUGAUGUAUUAAAAGUAAUGGGAAGAUUUGUCAAUACAGAUGUACAGAUCCAAGAGUUGCAAGUUUUUUAUAAUAUGACACUGGAAGAGGAUGAGAGGGUGGCUACCGCUGUACUACUGAAGUCUGCAAAAUUUGAAAAUAUAAAAAGGAGAGAACAUCUAACUAAAAUUGCUGACUGGUUACAGAAAAAUGUAGAUGAUUGACUUGAGGAAACAAUUUCCAGUAUAUUUUAGUGCAAUUCACUAGCAUUUUAGUAUUCAUUUAAAGAUUUAAUUAAAGAUAAAGCUCACUUUUAUGAGUUCUGUGGUUGUCAUCCCAAUUGGAAAGUCUAGCUAAACCAAUUCAUAAUGAAAGAUUCAUCAAAAAAAAUGAGAUAUAUUUUCAUAUUAUAUCAGACUUAAUUUCCUACUGGAUGAUUUGUUAGUUGGGAUAUGUUGCUAAUAAUAACCUAAAAUACAGAUACAAUCUAAAAUCUUUGGGGUUUUUUUUUUGAAUAUCAGUAUAAAGGGUGUGGUACAAGGUUGUGGCAAAAACACAAGAGGAAGCUAGAAAAGUUAAAGUUUUAUGUUCUGUUUUGCUUCUGAUUUUUAUUGUGACCUUGGGCAAGUCAUUUAAUGUCCGUCUCAACUUCUGUGUUUGUAAAAUGAGAAGGGGAUAAUAAUUUAGAGCAGUGCUGUGCAACAAACUUGCGAAUGUCUUCUGAGUUGUGGAGAGGAAGGGACUAAAGAAACCUCAAAGUUUAA